GCAAUGUUCAUCCACACCUACCGCAAUCCAUGCAAAUCGCUUGCCUCCGUGUGCUCAGUGGUGCAACAUCACAUCUUUUGUGCCUACGACCUCAAAGAUAUAGGAAGAGACGUCCUAGACGACCCCCUGUUUCACGCGGGGAACGAAAUCCUAGAAUUCAGAAAGAACCACCCUGAUCAAGAACACAGAUUCGUCGAUAUAGACUACGAACAUCUUGUGAGAGCGCCCUUAGAUACGGUGAGACAGAUUUAUGAUAAGUUUGGGAUCGAUCUCAGCGAGCAAGCUGAAGCGAAGAUGAAGGAGUAUAUAAAAGAAAAUCCCCAAAAUAAAUAUGGCCGUCACCAUUACGACUUGGAGACGUACGGGUUGAAGGAGGAGGAAAUAUUUGAGAAAUUUCGAGAUUAUAUUGAAUAUUUUAACAUUCAGUGCUAACUUCAUAACAUGAAAAUAUAUAACCUACUGAAAUGUCUUAAUUAGAAAUAUUUAGAACAAUAACACAGUAAAAACUGCGAAAAGCAUC